GCAGACCUAUUCCAUUAAACGUCAUUGAAUACCUUUUUUAAAAUGGUACUAUUUCGUCGUAAAAAAGAACAUCCGGAUGAUAGGCGACUUCUGGAAAGCAUGGACGCAGUUAACGCUGGUUCAAAAAAUCUGGAAAACGCCGCAUUCAUGCAUGUCCGCGAGAACAUUGAGGAACUAGGUAAAGUCGCCGACGAUACGGACCUACUUUUUCUUAAAGGGUUGCUCGACAGCCCUGUCGUUACAUCUCUAAUAAAGGUUCAAGAUCGCCUUGAAGAUUCUCCCGGUGCAUCUGCGACCCCUGUUUGUCUGAUUUGUGACAUCGCGGACGAGAUUGUUCAUGGACUUAGCUCAUCAUCUGAUCAAAACGCGGAGGAAUUGACGAAGCUUCUCAAAAAACCACAUCUUAAAGCAUUACUCGAAACACACGACGCUGUUGCUGAGCGUCACGACGCCUCCUCUACACCUGAUCAAUCGUUUCUUACGAUGCCAGCCGACGAAAGGACGGAUGCUGUAAGGGUCGUCGGACUCAGGAGGAACCCGGAUGAGCCAUUGGGAUUGACAGUACAGGUGGACGACGUCGGCAAUCUAAUAAUAGCAAGGAUCUUGGGCGGUGGCACCGCAGCUCGUCAGGGACUUUUACGAAUCGGAGAAAUUGUCCUAGAAGUCAACGGAAAGGACGUCCAUACUCCUGACGAGUUACAACAAGCUAUACACGAGGCUAAGGAUAAUCUUACUCUAAAAUUGGGCCCGGGACUUGCCAACGAUGGAUCCAGACCCCUCAAAUCAACUUGCUACAUGAGGGCGCUUUUUGACUACGAUCCUUCUGAGGAUACUCUAGUACCUUGCCGGGAGAUCGGUCUGCCUUUCCAGAAGGGUGAUAUCCUUCAGAUAGUCGAUCAGGCUGAUCCGAACUGGUGGCAGGCACGCCGUGUGGAGGGCGAUGGUCUCGGCGCUCCUGGUUUGAUACCAUCUCUAGAAUUAGAAGAACGCAGGAAGGCCUUUGUGCCACCUGAGGCUGAUUUUGUCCAUAAAAUAAGCAUAUGCGGUACUAGGAUAUCGAAGAAAAAAAGGCGUAAAAUGUACCAGUCUAAAUCAAACGGAGAAUUUGAUGCCGCUGAGCUUUUACUUUACGAGGAAGUCGCCAGAAUGCCACCGUUCAGACGCAAGACUCUCGCUCUUGUUGGGCCACGGGGUGUCGGCAGAAGGACUUUGAAAAACCGACUAAUAAACAGUGACCCAGACAAAUUCGGGACCAUUGUACCAUAUACUUCACGUCCCCCAAGGGUCUUGGAAGAAGAUGGUCGCAGCUAUUGGUUUACAGAGCGAGAGUCAAUGGAGACCGAUAUCCUGGAACAUCGUUAUCUCGAGCAUGGAGAGCAUGGUGGGCAUUUGUACGGAACACGGCUCGAGUCUGUUCGCGAAUUGAUAAGAGCAGGAAAGAUGUGUGUGUUGGAUUGCAGCCCCGCUGCCCUUAAGAUACUCCACAAUAGUACAGAGUUUAUGCCGUAUGUUAUAUUCAUUGCGGCACCUGGGAUGGAACAGCUCAAGUCGCUCUAUGAUCUCGGAAGAUCCACGGGAGCCAGCAACAGAAAUUUAUCGUUUGACCGUCAGAGUUCCAUCAGGUUUAGCUCAAGGCGAGCUCGUACCUUGGAGUCCCUUGCAUCCCUAUACGAGGAGGAUGACCUGAGAUCGACUCUGGAGGAAUCAGCAGCACUGCAAAGAGCGUAUGAAAAGUACAUAGAUCUGGUAAUAGUUAACGAAGAUUUCGACCAGACUUUUAGACAAGUUGUAGCUGCUAUGGAAGCUCUUGCAACUGAACAUCAGUGGGUUCCGGUAAACUGGAUAUACUGAUGACAAUUUAGCAGUACCUGGAAAGAUAUUACUAUUUUAGUCUUUGUUGAGUCAUGCAACAAGGCCACCUAAUUCACAUAAGUAUCAUAUUUUACAAUGUAGUUUAAUAUAUGUCCGUGUGCAGUAUAAUAGUGAUAACGAUUCAAACAAUAACAUUAAUCAGAUAGUCACACUUAUGUAUUACACAAACUAUACGUUAUGUGUUUAUUAAUAUUUAAGCAUUUAGAUUGCCGUCCAAUAUUUUUAAGAUCCGUACUCACUAAGCUUAUACCUACUAAAAUAUCUAUAUUCAUUGGAAACACGUACUUUACACACACGAAUCUACCUAUCAAUUAAGUUAUAGUAUUGUCUAAAGGUACAAUAAUUACAAACGAAUAAAUAUAAAUUAGGGGAAAUUCGCUAACAAUGCAGAUAUCAAUCCACGGAAAUAAGGAUUAUAAUUAUACAUGCAUCGUGUCGAUAUAAUAUAUGAUAGAGAUUUAUUUUAAAUUUA